AUGCUGCGCGAAAUAAGCCGGCGGGUCGACUGGGUUCUAGUUGGGGGCCGAUGGACGCGUGUGUCCAUCAUCGGCACUAGUCUCUCGGCGGAUGUUCUGGAUCGAGACAAUAAAGGCGACGCCGAUGAUCGUGUUGUGAUCCUGAUGAUACCAGGCAAUCCCGGUAACGAGGGAUUCUAUGCCGACUUUGGCCAACGGGUUGUGAAGUGCUUGCUAUCAAGAGAGGAACGAAUGGGUGAUCGAAAACGGCACUAUUUAUUCUACACCGUAUCACAUCUCAAUCAUGUUGUCCUGCCGAAUGAGCUGAGAAAUGGCAAGCAUAAGCAUUAUGGUGAGUUGCUGCUUUGUGUUGAUGCACUCGUUGACUGUUUUUGCCGCUGCUGCUUCUUGCUUAGGCUCACCUUUAGGAUUCGCUUAGGCUUCUUUUGGAAAAAGCAUUCGCUUUCGAUUAGCUUCACUUACCUCUAG